AUGGAGAUCGCAGUUGUCAUUCUUGAUGCCCAAUCAGUAUCAUCGAUAACGCUCCUCUCACACCACUUCCGUAUCUUAGCCAACAUACAACGUCUAUCACAUCUUGAUUUUGACAGCGGAACCAUUCGGAAGCUGCACCAGCUCCAUGGACUGGCAACUCUCAUCGAAGAGGCAGCUGGGUACUCGAUGCGUGGUAUACACACUUUCAUUGCCUCAAUCUACAUCCACAUCCAAGAAGAGUGCGAUGCAUACCAAAUGCAGGCCAAUGUUACGAUUUUGAACCACUUAUUCAGGGAUGAUGCUUUAUUGGCCACGCCCAUUCGAAAGCUGUCACUUUAUUUAACCAAUAUUACAGGAUUGUUUGCCGUGGAACCCGCAAUGGAGGCGUCGUUCAGGUCAUUGCUCAAAGAAUCGCACAUCAACUUCUUAGAGCUAUAUUACUCAGACGACAUACCAUUCGACCUUCUACAGGAGUCAAAAAUCGAACAUCUAUCACUACUUUGUGUGGGUGGAUUGUACAAGCCUUAUAACCGGCCCAAGGCAUUGAUACCUAUCUAUCUCAAAUCGUUCUCCAUUUCCUUGUAUCCCACCACUGCUCUUGAAAUACACGAUCUUUUGGUUUUACUUGGGUUGUCCAGAUCCAACCCUUUUCCACACCUGACUUCGCUGUCUAUAUCUACAGCACUGAUAACUUUCGGAACCGAAUUGCUUAAAUUGACAAAGUGUCUGGAGACACUGACAUUGGACUGUGCAGAGGAAACAUUCAGAUUCAUGGCUGAAAGUCUGAAUCCUGGGAAGAAUUUAUUUGAUUCCCAGCUGUUCCGCCAUUUGAAGUUUCUCAACAUCAAUUACAGAUUGCACGCUAGGCAUCUUGGUCCAGAUGGGCCGUUGGCAGGUUCCUUGGUCGGGCAGUCACUCCCUCCUCAGCUCGAAAAGCUUUGCAUAACAUUACGACUUGAAGAUAUGAUACUGGAUACUCUAACCGGCCCAGACUAUGGCCAUUUGGAUGAAGGUGUGCUACUUAAAGAGGCAGUCUCCUGGGAUGAGAACUUGUCCUCCCCGGUGUACAGGAGCAGGAAAGAUUUUGUGGUGCAAAUGAAUCGACAAAAUACUCCUCCCCCAUUUGGCAGGACCAUUGGCGCCAGAAAUUUAAUUCUGCAUUCUGGCGGUGUCAAUCGUCUCUUACACACUUCUUUCUGUCCAUCUACACAACUUCCACCGCAUAUGAUUGAGGCUAGGAUUGUAUGA